UCUUGUCGAGCUUUUCUCUCUCUAGCUGAAUGACAAGAAACUAACUAAAAACCCCAUCUCAUAUACAUCACUUCUGACUCAAAAACACACACCAGCACACAGAGUAAGGUGAAAACACGAAAAAGGGAUUGAUCUUGAAUCAAACUAAAGAGAGUUAGUUGCUCAAUGGGAAGACCACCUUGCUGCGAUAAGAUUGGAGUGAAGAAAGGGCCGUGGACUCCAGAAGAGGACAUAAUCCUAGUCUCUUAUAUCCAACAACAUGGUCCUGGCAAUUGGAGAUCUGUUCCUACCAAUACUGGCUUGCUAAGAUGCAGUAAGAGUUGCAGACUGCGUUGGACUAAUUACCUCCGGCCUGGUAUCAAACGUGGCAGCUUCACCGAGCAAGAGGAGAAAAUGAUUGUCCAUCUCCAAGCCCUUCUUGGCAAUAGAUGGGCAGCAAUAGCUUCAUAUCUUCCACAGAGAACAGAUAAUGAUAUCAAGAAUUACUGGAAUACCCAUCUGAAGAAGAAGCUGGACAAGCUCCACGAAAAAUCAGAUGAAGAAAGUGAUUAUCACCAUCAUCAUCAUGGUACUUCAAAAGGACGCCACUCAUCUUCAUCAUCUGAAACCACCAUAUCCAAAGGUCAAUGGGAAAGAAGGCUCCAAACUGAUAUUCAUAUGGCCAAACAAGCACUCUGUGAAGCCCUAUCUCUUGACAACAAAUCUAUCAAUCUACCUGAACUAUCCUCGUGCACAAAUUCAGCGAAACCCCAAUCAGUGCUACCCCCCUCGAAUCAAAGUACAACUACUUAUGCUUCGAGUGCCGAGAACAUUGCACGUCUGCUCCCAAAUUGGAUGAAGGAUUCCAAGAAAUCUUCACAGACAAGCACCGAAAGCAUCGAGACAACACAGGCUCGGAGUUCCUUGACCAACCAGCAGUUCCCAAGUCCUCCAAGUGAAGGUUAUGAUAACUCCCAGCAAUUUGACUACAACAAUGACCUAAUCCACAACCAUCAAAAGAACAACUACUACUCAAACUACAGCAAUUCAGAUGUUUCACAGUCAGUUUCCCCUGAAACAAGUGUGUUCCAAGAUGAAAGUAAACCAAAUAUGGAAGAUCAAAUGCCUCCUCUUAGUUUACUAGAGAAAUGGCUUUUUGAUGAGGCUUCUGCCCAAGUUGACCUUAUGAACAUGUCUUUACAAGAGAGUGAUGACUUCUUUUAACUUUUUACCCCAAGAUGUAGAAGUAAUUUCUCUUUAAAUUUUUAUGCUUUUUUAGGGGUUUGGGUGGGGGUUUAAUCUAUGUUUAUGGAAGCUUCUUUUUCAUGUUUUUGUGAGGUUUUUUUUCUCUCUUUUAUUUUCUAGAAUUAGUUGAAAAGAAAUGUAAAUUACUUCUAGCUGUAAUUAGUAUAGUAAAAAAAUCUAUCAAUAUGGCAAUCACCUUUUGAGGAGAAAACAAAGUGUACCUCCUGUACAAAGGUAGGCAUAUCUAAAAAAUGAUGCAUGUAAAUU